CAAUGGGUGUCCGAGUUGGGUCCGGGAGGAGGACAGUGACCCUGGAUGUGUUGACUGUGCGGGACGGGACCGAGAUGGUCCAGGCCUGGGCUGGCGCCGGCACGUAGCAGGGCCGCUAUGGGAACUGUAUGCAAAAUGUCUUCUGGAAGGAGCUGGGUGAUUAAUGCUUUAUAUAUUCUUCUGAGCAUUUUCUCUUUUGGAGUUUCAGGUGGACUUGUACAGUCAUGUGGUUACAUCAUCCCAGAGUCUCCAGUGUUGACGCGUGGCUCCAGUUUUACAGCAUUAUGCAUUCUCAAUGAGAGUUGCCUUGACUUGGGCAAUAUACAUGCCAAUCAGAUUAUUUGGAGAAUCAAAAGUUCUGUAGUGCCUAAAGAACAAUACCAUGUAAUAAACAGAACUGUUUCCAGUGUCACAUUUAAUGACACGUCUAUUUUAGCUACUCCUCUGACAUGCAACAUUUUAGCAGAUGGACAGAUUGAGCAGAAUAUCUAUGGAAUAGCAGUUACAGUGGGCUUGCCCCCAGAGAAGCCUGAAAAUUUGAGUUGCAUAGUAAAUCAGAUGUCAAAAAGUAAGUUCAUUAUGACUUGUACCUGGAAUCCUGGAAGGGAUACAUUCCUAGCCACUGACUUCCGUUUAAAAUCUCAAUGGCCACAAGAAACCUUGCCUGACUGCAUGCCACAAGGUGUAAAUAACUCUUGUAACACUUCCAAUGUUCAAUUUUUUGUCAACCUGGAAGUCUGGGUGGAAGCUAAGAAUGCUCUUGGGAAGGCUGAAUCUGAGCCUAUUGAUUUUGAUCCUGUGGACAUUGUGAAACCUCUACCUCCACAUAACUUAAUUGUCAGUUCAGAAGAUCUACCCACUGUCUUGAAACUGUCAUGGGACAACCAAAUUGAAACAUUUGAAAUGGAGUUGAAAUUUAAUAUUCGAUACAGGAUGAGUGACAGCCCAGACUGGAUGGAGGUUCCUCCUGAAGACACAGAAUCACACAGAACUUCAUUUACUGUUCAGUCCCUAAAGCCUUACACAAAGUAUGUGUUUUCACUUCGUUGUAUGAAGAAAGAUGGGAUGGGCUUCUGGAGUGACUGGAGUAAAGAGAAGAGUGGGGUCACAUCUGAAGCUAAACCAUCUAAGGGACCAGCUCUGUGGAGAAAGAUUGACAUGUUUCACUCUCCAAACUUCUGGGCUGUACAUCUGAUAUGGAAGAAAUUGGACCCUUCUGAAGCCAAUGGAAUAAUAUUGAGAUAUGAAGUGACUGUGAGAGCAAGGUCACGUCUGUCACCAUCACCUGCAACAUACAAUGUUAAUAGCACAAACCUGACUUUAAAUUUAACAAAUGGAACAUACGAAGUGACAGUAACUGCUCAUAACAAGAUCGGUGGAUCUCCUCCAUCAUUUUUGCUUAUUCCAGCAAGUAAUUCAAAAGCUCCUGUGAAAGAUCUUAAGGCAUUUCCAAAGGAUGGCAAGCUUUGGGUUGAGUGGAAAGUUCCUAACAAUAAUGUUGUUAAAUAUGUGAUUGAAUGGUGUGUGGUGUCUGACAGCUCAGACUGCACCACAGAAUGGCAGCAGGAACUUGGAACUUCUCAAGGCACAUUUUUAAAAGGAAAUAUAAAGCCAUUCAAGUGUUAUUUGAUAACUGUUCAUCCAUUAUAUAAUAAUGGGCAGGGAAAUGGACAGUCUACAAAGGCAUAUCUUCAACAAAGCAUGCCUGCAAAAGGACCCACUGUUCAGACAAAAAAAGUAGGAAAAGCUGAAGCAGUUUUAACAUGGAAGCCUCUUAGAGUGGAUGAGCAAAAUGGGUUUAUUAGAUAUUACACUAUAUUAUACAGAACUAUCGGUGGAAAUGAAACAGCUGUGAAUGUGGACCCUUCCAAAACAGACUAUACCCUCUCCUCCUUAUCUAGUGACACUUUAUACAUGGUGAAGAUGAAGGCAUAUACAGAUGAAGGAGGUACAAGUGGUCCUGAAUUCACAUUUACUACACAAAGGUUUGGAAAAGGAGAAAUUGAAGCCAUAGUUGUACCUGUGUGUCUGGCAUUCCUAUUAACCAUCCUUCUGGGAGUAUUGUUUUGCUUUAACAAACGGGACUUAAUUAAAAAGCAUAUCUGGCCUAAUGUUCCUGAUCCUUCCAAAAGUAACAUUGCUCAGUGGUCCCCUCAAACUCCAACUAAGCAUAAUUUUAGUUCCAAAGAUCAGAUAUAUCCAGAAGGCAGCUUCACUGACGUAAGCGUGGUUGAAAUUGAAGCAGAUGACAAGAAGUCUUUUUCAGACCAGGAUCUAAAACACUUCAAUUUACUUAAAAAGGAAAAAAGUACUUCAGAGGGGCACAGCAGUGGUAUUGGAGGAUCUUCAUGCAUGUCUUCUCCUCGGCAAAGUGUUUCCGAUAGUGAUGAGAGUGAAACAGCACAAAACACUUCAAGCACUGUACAGUAUUCAACUGUCAUUCUCAAUGGCUACAGAGACCAGAUUCCUUCAGUUCAAGUCUUUUCAAGGUCUGAAUCCACCCAGCCACUGCUAGAUUCAGAAGAGAAACCAGAAGAUAACUCAGGAGGCUGUGACAGUGCAACUCCAAGGCAGCAGUAUUUCAAGCAAAAUUGUAGUCAGGAUGAAACCAAUACAGAUGGGUCACAUUUUGAAAGAGCAAAGCAAGUUACUCCUCCAAUAAAUGAGGAGGAUCUUGUUGGGCUUGCACAACUGCAGAUUUCAGAUCACAGUUUACAGCAGUGUGGCUCUGGGCCAGAGCAAAAUAAGCAUGAAUCUGCUUUGUCAGAUGUGUUAAGUUCAAGUACUGAGGGUCAGAUUUUGAGACUGGAAACGAUGGGGAUAAACACAGCAACAGUUGAUGAGAUACCAAAAAGUUACAUGCCACAAACUGUAAGGCAAGGGGGCUAUAUGCCCCAGUAAGAACAGAGAGACUGCCUCUGUUAGGCCUUCACUAGUGCCUGAUCCAUUUCUUUUUUCCUUGUGUUUCUCAUGAGUUAAGCUAACCAGUUUUAUCUGAUUUCAGAUAAAAACAUUCAGAUUGAUUUAGUGAAGAGAAUUUGAUGGAGAGUACAGGAGAGAACUAUAUUUCAUUGGGAUAUUUCCAGUCCAGAAUUACUGGUGAUCCUAUUCUAAGCACUACAUAGACUGUCUUAUUUGUCUGAAUAAUUGAACAGGUCCUUGUACUGCCUUGCUGUUUUGUUUGUCUUGUAAUGUCAUAUUUAAACUUCACUGAUUGAAAAUAGCAGAUUUUACUUUGUUCCAUAGGCCAAAGGGGCAUAUAAGGCCAGGUCUACGUUGGCAGAGAAAAUUGAUGCAAGAUACGCAACUCCAGCUACAUAAAUUACGUAGCUGGAAUCAACAUCCCUUUCUCUGAUUUUUUGGAGCAGCCCCCCAGCAGAACAUUAUGAGAGAAAUGCUCCCAUCAAUUUCCUUUGCUUCUCACUACAGCGAGGAGUACCACUGCUGAUGAGGGCACCCCCAGGAUUCGAUUUAAUGGGUCUUUACUAGACCUGCUAAAUCAAACCCUGAAGGAUUGAUUACCAGCAUGUCGAUCCACUACCACGUCGAGAUGUGCCCUAAAAGAAAAAUACUAGAAGCAUUCUGACAUUGUGUGAUAUUAAGAUGUCCUUUGAAUAAGCUUGAUUAGACAAAAGUGUGUUACUCCAAAAGUUUUUUUUUUUUUUAAAUCGGGAAUUACUUUAAAAAAAAAUUUAGUCCACACGCAUCCUUGACUAAUUUCAUUGACUUCAGUGAAGUUAGAAAAGAGAUGAAUUUGGCCUCAUGUUUCUAAUGUAGGAGCAUCAGACUAAAAAGUGUUUUAGGCCUCAUGUAAAGAACUAAAAACAAAGGACUGAAGGACUUGCAAGCCAUUGUCACAAAGUGCAAUCAAAAUGCUAGCACUGCUUACCUUCCUAUAAAUGCUAGUCUAGUAGUCUGUUUUCUGGUGGCAUUCUGCUUCUCUCUCUCUCUCUCUAUAUAUAUAUAUGUACAGACACGCACACAAUCUCACUCGUAUAUAGAGUCUAGGCAUAAAAAUUACUUACCUUGUAAUCUGAGCCAAAUGCAUGGCAACUGAAAUUUCAUAUUGAGCAUUAAAAACUUUGAAGGAUAAUGUAGGUAAGAAAAACUCCUCUGUAGGCGAAGUGUUUAUUUAAAGAUGAAUAACUGUUUAUCUCAAGUCACUGAUUAAACGUAUAUCUUUGAUUUAAAAUUGCCCUUUUACAUACAAAGUUUGGAUGAGGAAAGAUAGGAAGUAUUAAAACAUAAUAUUCUAAAAUGAAUUCUCGGGUUUAGAUUUAAUUUUUACAAAUAAUUUAGGGGAGGAAAAUCACUUCUUUCCUUUUGCUUUACUACCAAGAGUGGGAAUCUAUGAUUUCCAUGCCACAUUGUAAUGAAGUCACUGAAACAAAAAGUGGCAAAAGAAAAACAAUUCCUUGUUGUAGUAAGGCACUGAUAUUGCUGAUAUUUUGAGAAAAAUCUAGAACCCUAAACUUGAAAAUUACAUAUAAAACAUCUUUCCCUUUUUUAUUAUGAGCCUGUAAAAAUCAAAAUAUCUAGAUCCUUUGCUUGCUGCAAUUCUUGACAUUGCAAAAGGUCUAGAGAACAUGACCUAUGAAGGAAGACUAAAAGAAUUUAGCUUGUUUAGUUUGGAAAAGGGAAGACUGAGGGGGGACAUGACAGCAGUUUUCAGGUAUCUAAAAGGGUGCCACAAGGAGGAGGGAGAAAACUUGUUCUUCCUGGCCUCUGAAGAUAGAACAAGAAGGAAUGGUCUUAAACUGCAACAAGGGAGGUUUAGGUUGGACAUUAGGAAAAAGUUCCUAACUGUCAGGGUGGUUAAACACUGGAAUAAAUUGCCUAGGGUGGUUGUGGAAUCUCCAUCUCUGGAGAUAUUUAAGAGCAGGUUAGAUAAAUGUCUAUCAGGGCUGGUGUAGUUAGUACUGGGUCCUGCCAUGAGGGCAGGGGUCUGGAUUCGCUGACCUCUCAAGGUCCCUUCCAGUCCCAGUAUUCUAUGAUUCUACAUCAACCUCUCUUCCAUUCUUCUCCUUUCUGUUUCUAACAAUUCUCACACCUUACAGAGGAUAGUUUCUCAAGCAACUAUCCUUGAGAUCCUUUCUUGUGGAUCUUAUUACUCGGUUAAUAAUAAUAAUCUUUACGUUUUCCCACAUACCAUCUGAUCAGCUUUACAAAGUCAUCUUCUGAACCUUGUCAUUUAGUUUUUCAGUCUGCAAAUAAGAAGUCACGGGCAUCUCUAAAUCUGUGAUUCUCAGGUAAUUCAGAAACACUACAUGCUGUAUCAGAAAAAUAAAGCCUCACUUUAUACCUUAAAAAAA